AUGGGGUCCCUUGUGUCCCCUCAGGCCACUCCGAAGGGACGUGAGCUGCAGUUCUUGCCCAAGUCUGCCAGCACGAGCUCAUCGUCGGAUGAGGACAACGAUGAUGCUGGUGGUGUCCGCCUGACCGAUCUGGACUUUGAUGAUUCGCCCAUUCAGGCCUCCGUGGUCCGCAGCAACAAGGAAGUGGUUGAGCACGUCGGUAUUCCCGACACAACCGGAGAGACCAUCACGUUCACGCUUUCCAAGCCGAAGGACGAUAUUUUUGUCUCUCCAAUCAAGGAACACAAAUAUGUCUCCCCAGUCAAGGAACGCAAGUUUGUCUCUCCGGAACGCAAGCUACGACGAGUCACUGGGACUAUUAACGGAGCCCGCCGCCUUGGAAGCGGCCACAUUGUACCCUCGCUCGAGGACGUGGUCAAACCCACGCCGCCACUGCGAUAUCGUUCUUCCGACAUCUCGGGCGCCCAGCAUCAGCCUGCCGAGGUCGAUGCGCAGGGAGUAUAUCCCCAGAGCGCCUGUGUCUUUGUCGCCAAUCUGCCGGAAAAUAAGGACGAUGUUGCCCUAGAGGCAGCCUUGACUCGCGAGUUCUGUAACUAUGGAACCGUCUUCGUGAAGAUUCGACGCGACAAUCACAACAUGCCGUUUGCAUUCUGUCAAUACACCAAUGAUUCGGAUGCGAAGCUAGGCAUGGAGAGGGGCAGAGGAACCAUGAUCUUUGGCAGAGCCUGCCGCACCGAGAUGGUGAAGGCCAAUCGCACCUUUACCAUCAGCCGCCGCGACGGGCGUCGAGUCACGGUCGGGCAAGCAUUCGCUCUCAUGCAGCCACAUGGUGAACUGGACAAGUGCGAAACUUCGACGAAUCUGACUCCCGACGGUGUGCCGUCUGUGACCGUCCAUUUCAAGAUGUACGAUCCCAGCCGGGACCUUGUGGCCGCAUUCCAGACCCAUGAAGAGUAUCGAGUCGUCGCCGCGUUUGAUCCCGCUGACAAAUCCAAGCUCCGUCCCAAGAAUUCGAACGAAGCCUUCAUGGCCCGCUAUGAUAUUGACCGCCGCUCUGUCUUUGUCGACGGCCUGACCGCGGAGUUGGGCAAGGAUGAGCUGAUGGCGCUCUUCGAGGAGGUCGGCCAGGUUCUCGAUUGCCAGAUCAUCCAUAAGACGAUCUCCUCUGGUACUCGCAUCUACGGAUUUGUCGAGUAUGCCCAAAUCGACAUGCCGGAGCGCGCUGUCAAGAAAUUCACUGGUAUCGAAUUCCACGGCAAGACUCUGCGUGUUGAGCGGAAGAUGGGCAAACAGCCCAAUCGCAUGCCUCGCCGAGUUCAGUCGCAGCAGCUGCCGACUUACAAGUCGGUUGGUAACAGCUCGUCGGCCGGUCUCACUGAUGGCCAUCGGAAUGGUCCCAUUGUCCCUCGCCGCAACGUGACGGUUUUCCCUUCGAAUGGAGCCCCGGCUGUUGCGGACGGAUCGGCUGCCACGCCCUCGACGGUUAUGGUUCCUACCAGAGGCGCUCCUGCUGGAGAUGUUGGUGCUGCAGCCACUCCUGGCCCUUUCCAGGUUCCCAUUACUGGACCUGCCAAUGUCACCGUUCCUGGAACUACUGGCAUUACCCAUGCUGUCCAGACUCCAGUCCCAGGGCCUCCUGCCUUUGGGUUCCCGCACAUGGGAUACGGCGCUCCUCCAGGAUUUCCCAACCCAUACUUCGCGUCGACUCCGCAAGUUCCCCCCUCGCCCAUGAGCCCAUGGGUCUACAGCCCGUACAUGCCGUUCUAUCCGUUCCCAUCGCCCGCGGCCGUGGGUUUCCCGACCGGCAUCAGCGGUGAAGACGCCACCGAGAAGGACGGCGAGGGGCAGGACGGCAAGGAGCCAGCCGCCAAGAAGUAGGGGUUUCUCCCUAGAAGUACAGUGCUCAACGGGACAGUCUGCUCUGCGUCUUGAGCACUCAUCAUGUUUGGUUCUUUCGGAUUUCUAGAAGUCUUCGACUCUCUUCUGCACCGGGAGCUCAUUUCUCGAUAUUCUUGGGGCCGUUCGUUAUUCAGCAACUUGGCACAGGAUAGAUGAUGAAGGAGUUCUCAUUAAUGGCGGAAAGGCUUGGAGGUCUGGUGUCUGUAAAGCACAUGGCAUGAUUGGGAGACUACUGGUAACUGUACCAUCGAUCGCGUUUGUUUUUUAGCUUCAUGAUCAGGUAGUUGACGAUGCUUCGGCAUUGUCAAAAAGCCCGGAAUCAAUGAACAAGAAUCUCCCCACCCUGAAGAAGCCCUCCAAGGCUCAACCUCCAUUUCCAACACCAUGUGUGAUG